GCCCCCGACGCCUUCCAUCUGUUCGGCGGCGGCGCUGUCCCCGGCUCCUCCCCCUUGGCGUCCUCCUCACCGUCCAGGACGUCCCUCUCGCCAUCGUUCUCACCGUCCCUCUCGCCUUCCAGCUCAUCGUCGUCAUCUCUCUCGGCCGUCCAACUCGUCGUCCUUCUCGCCAGUCCAACUCGCCAUCCAGCUCCUUCUCCGUCUUGUGCUGCUCUGGCGACCUUCCCCUUCCACUAGCCGCUGCAAAGCACAGAAGUGCACAAUAGACUACAGACUGCACCGUCGAAUCAAGCAGCCAGAGGUAACACGAUAGUUACGAGCACGAGCUUGCAUGUCUUCGGCGGCCUUGUCGAUGCGUCAGUCAAGCAGCAGGAGAGAGAUGCCGGAGGCGGCGGCAGCGCCAAUCGGCCUGUCGUGGGCACCCAAGAUGCCUUCCCUGCCGGCAGCCUGCGGCAGCAGCAGCAGGAAGGGCUCGGCGCCGACCUCGAGCAUCGACGCGCAGGGGAGCCUCUGGAAGCCCAGCAACGAGCUCGUGGGCGGGCUCUUCGUGCCGCCGAGGGACCCGAGGAAGGUCAACAAGAUGGCGAGGAAGAACGUCAAGGACACCACCGGCAAGGGCUGGUUCGACAUGCCUGCGCCUACCAUUACACCCGAGUUGAAGAAGGACCUUGAGAUUUUGCAGCUGAGGCAUGUACUGGACCCUAAAAGGCAUUUCAAGAGAUCUGGUAAAUCCAAGGCCCUACCGAAGUAUUUCCAAGUGGGAACAGUUAUUGCGCCUGCGUCUGAGUUCUACUCAGGUAGGCUCACAAAGAGUGAUCAGAAAACAAACUUGGUCGAUGAGAUAUUAUCUGACCCAAAACUGAAGAACUACAGGAUGCGCAAGGUAAGGGAAAUUCAGGAGACACGGACGCCAGGAGGCAACCAGAAGUGGAAGAACAAGGGCAGGCAAACAUUCAAGAGAGCCAAGGAUAGGCGGAAAUAAGCUACACGUGGUGUGUUCUCCGUGUAUUGAAGCCAAUGAAGAAGCGAGAAAUGGAGCCAAACCAGAAAGACCUGAGCACAUUCAUAUUGCAGCCACUAGUACUGUCCUUGUGCCUGCAGUGUAAUGUAGCGAACGCAUGUUGACCGACAGCAUUUCCUUUCCUAUAUAUAUGUAAGCAGGUGUAACGUAACGUGAGAGAUGUUCGUUCCCAUACUUACUAGUAAUGUGAUCGGAGCUUGAGCCUUGAUGUAUUAUCCAAGCAUAUUUGCCGAGCAAAGUAUAUUUCUCAUCGUAAUGACGGAAUUUGAGUUUGGAAUGA